AUGAAUGCUAAUAUUACUUUAGAAUAUGAACUAAGAAUUAUUAAAAUGAUGAAAGAAGAAAUUACGCAUAAAAUAUGUAACAAAAGGCUAUACAAUAAUGAAGAUAAUCUAUAUAAUAAAGUCAGUGAAUGA